AUGCCCUCAAUGGAGAAGACCAAGAUGGUGUUCGUGCCUGCAGACGCCUUAAGAACUGUCGUGGAUGGAGUUCGCGAGCAGACUGCAGAGAAACAACGUCUACUGGCUCGUAUCGAAGAAAGUCGCAAGCGUGUACAAUUGCUUCGUAGUCGAUCGGCAGCGUUGGAGUCACGACUUUUAGAUCAUCGGCAAAGUACUAUUGGGCACAGUGGUGUUGAUCAAAGUUCUGGUGGGAUCGUGACGAUGCAAAAGCGCGUCUCGCAGCUAGAGGCGCUCAUGAUCAUCGCCAAGGAGGUUUCUGCCCAAAGUAGCUUCGAGAGCGUCGUGGAACGCACGCUACGUGCUGCAGUGCAACUAGUACGCGCCGACAAGCUCACUUUGGGUAUUCUGCACGAGCGUCGCAACGUCCUGGACGUAUGUUCCACCCUACGCACCGAUAGCGACGCUGAGUUAGACUUGUCACUCUCGAAAGUUGAUGUCAUAAGUGAAGGCUUCAUGGUGCCUGACUCCCCCACAGUUUUUGGACGUGUGAUCAUGACCGGAAGACCGUUUACAAUCACCGACUCCGACACUGAUGUAAUCUUCCAAAUUCAACGCAACCACGGUGAUAAUAAUGCAGUAGAAUACCCACAAGCAUUGGUUUGUCUACCAAUUCGUAAUGCUCAUGAUAAACGAGUGUCGUUCACCGAUACAGAUAUCGCGAAUCUGGAAUUCAUCGCAGUGGUGGCUGGCGCCACAAUCUGGAACCUCGUGCUCUCACGUCAGCGUCAGACUGCUCAGCAUCGUAUCGAAGGCUUACUCAAGCUUCACCGCAACUUUUCCAUGGAGACUGUGUCUUCGUCGGUAGUUCUAGAUCAGGUGCUCAGUGUUUGUCAUGAACUAAUUGGCACGGAACGUAUCGGUUUGUUCAUCAAGAUCGAAGGCGAAGAUGAGCUGUACAUCGCAUCAGCAGCAGAUAUCGUUCGUGGGGAGUAUGUCCCGAUAACAAAAGGCAUCGCUGGAUACGUGGCCCGUACAGGUGAGACUGUCAUCACGAAUGACGCGUACUCGCAUCCUCUGUUCGACUCGACCUUGGACCAGAAGACAGGGUUCCUCACCAAGAGAAUAUUAUGCCUGCCCGUCAAGUCUCCAGAGGGGACGAUAUUAGCUGUACUCUCGGCAGUCAACAAGGUUGACGGCAUGGAUUUCACCAGUGAGGACGCUAUUUUUCUGAAUUACGCAGCUGAAGCAGUGGGUACUUCACUACACAAAGCGAGUUUGCAUCGUCAAGUCAGAACGUCACAAAAACUGAUUGAAGCACGACUGAAGCUCACGACGUUCAUAUCGGAGAGCACCGAUAUCGCGGAGUUCGUCAACAUGGUCAUGGAUAUAGGCAAAGAUAUCAUGGAUUGUGAUCGCUUUGGGCUGUUGCUUAUCGAUCAUUUCAAGCAUGAGCUUUGGAUCACACCACGGAUCGGUGGUGAGAGUAUCCGCUCGCCAAUCAAUCGAGGGAUUUCAGGACUUGUAGCCACUACCGGGCAAACAGUUUGUACUCGUGACGCCUACAAGCACGAGCUGUUCGAUCCGAGUGUUGAUAUGAAGACAGGGUACCGUACUACGAGCGUGCUUUGUAUGCCUGUGUUUGAAGACCACUCGGUCACAAUUCCUCCUAAGGUGGUAGCUGUUGCAAUGUGUAUCAACAAGAAGGAAGGUGCUCAUGUCGUGGCCUUCACACAAACAGACCGUGAGAUCAUGAGUAAAUACUGCGCAGAAGUUCAAUUUGCACUUGGUCGGUUGUCUCUCGACGUCUCAUACUACAAAGUAGUGUCCGACUGUGUUGCUGUAUCUCGCACGAGUGUGGACUCGAACCCAAGGACCUUAAAGCGAAUGUCAAGUAGUAGUCGUCUGGAUAAUUUCUCCGAGACAGACAUCAUUUCCUCCAUCGUACACAAAUAUUGCCACUCAGGCGAUGACGCUGCGAAUGCAACAAAGAAAAAAGGGAUCCCCUCUUUCGCUGCGCUGCUACCAGCUAUCAAGAAGAAGAGCCAGGAAGACGACGAAGUGCCGUUUCCACGUGAGAUUUCCUUUACUCAUGGUAGAAACGAACCGCUGGAUCAUUGGGACACCGAGACUGUGGCACUUUCAAGCGGCGAAGUGUCGAUGAGCUGUGGUAUUAUUUUCCGUGCGUACGGGUUCAUGGACGCCUUCCGCAUAUCUAGUGAUAAAUUCUCAGCCUUCUCGACAAACGUGGCUAACUACUAUCGUAGCAACCCUUUCCAUAAUUUCCAGCACGCUUUUCAGGUUAUGGUGGCAAUGCACAUCAUGUUACGCACAGAGUGUCGUCGAUAUUUUAGCGGACUCGAGAUUUUCGCCAUGCUGAUAGCAUCGCUUUGCCACGAUAUCGAUCAUCCCGGAAACAAUAACGACUUCGAACUGAAGAUGUUGAGCCCCAUGGCGCUCACACACAACGACGACGCAGUACUGGAGCGCCACCACUGUCGGGUAACUUUCAUCAUCCUUAACCACAAGUCGGCUAAGAUUCUGCAACAUCUCGACCAUGAACGCCACAAACGAGUGCGUCACCUUAUCAUUUCGUGUAUUCUGGCAACCGACAUGUCGAAACAUUUUGAGAAAUGCAAAAUUCUUGAAGGUCUUACACGUCGACAACUGAGCGAGAAGCGUCUUCUCCUCAUGGGAAUUCUAGUGCGUGCUGCCGACCUAUCCCACUACUUGCUACCAUUUUCUCAAGCCCAAGAGUGGGGUGCUCGCUUGCUUGACGAGUUCCAGAACCAAGCAGCUACUGAAGCUGAACAUGGAGUACAAACCGACUACUUUAUGCGAAACCUCGAUAAUAAAUACGUUCGGGUUAUCGUGCAUCUCAACUUCAUCAACUACGUUGUGCGGCCUAUUUGGCUGCCACUGACUUCACUUUGCCAUCAUCUGCGGGUAAGUUUCUUGUCGCCAUUGUUGCACUGUCGUCCAUACUGA